GGCAAACAGAGACUCCGCAGAGGCAAAGCCAAACACAUAUAAUUGCUCCUUUGAAAGAUUUUUUUUUUUCUAUGGAAAAAGGAAAGACUAUGAGUAAAUAUGUACAAGAUGGAACUGUAGAUCUCAAAGGAAAACCUGUUCUCAAAUCUAAAAGAGGUGGUUGGAAAGCAUGCUCUUUGCUUCUUGUGUAUGAGGUAUUCGAAAGAAUGACUUAUUAUGGGAUAUCAUCAAACUUGGUCCUGUAUCUAACAAGGAAGCUUCACCAAGGCACUGUCACUGCUUCCAACAAUGUAAACAAUUGGGUUGGCACUACUUAUAUAACUCCCAUAUUAGGUGCCUAUAUUGCUGAUGCUCACCUUGGCCGCUAUUGGACUUUUGUCAUUGCCUCUCUUAUCUAUCUAUUGGGUAUGUGUCUGCUUACACUAUCAGUUUCCCUUAAAAGCCUACAGCCUCCUGAGUGCCAUGAAUUGGAUCUGACAAAAUGCAAGAAAGCCUCCACACUACAGUUAGCAGUGUUCUAUGGUGCUCUAUACAUCUUAUCAGUGGGAGCUGGUGGAACAAAGCCCAACAUUUCAACCAUUGGUGCUGACCAAUUUGAUGAUUUUGACCCCAAAGAAAAGGCAUAUAAGCUCUCAUUCUUCAACUGGUGGUUUUCCAGCAUCUUCAUUGGGACCCUUUUCUCAUUCACAGUUCUAGUAUACAUACAAGACAAUGUUGGGUGGGCUCUUGGUUAUGGAAUUCCAACUAUAGCGCUUGCUAUAGCAUUCAUCACAUUCUUGGCAGGCACACCCCUCUAUAGACAUAGAUUGGCCUCAGGGAGUUCCUUCACUAGAAUUGCCAAGGUUAUAGUGGCUGCUUUGAGGAAAAGUACUGUAGCUGUUCCUAUUGACUCUACAGAACUAUAUGAGCUUGAUGAGCAAGAGUAUACAAAUAAAGGGAAAUUCAGGAUUAGUUCCACUCCAACAUUGAGGUUCCUCAACAAGGCUUGUGCCAAAACUAGUUCAAGUACUAGUGAAUGGAUGCUAUGCACAGUUACUCAAGUAGAGGAAACAAAACAAAUCCUAAGGAUGAUCCCCAUCUGGGUUGCUACAUUUAUUCCUAGUACGAUGCUUGCUCAGACAAAUACCCUUUUUGUAAAGCAAGGAGUUACUCUUGACAGACACAUUGGCAGAUUCAACAUUCCCCCUGCAAGUUUGAUUGCGUUUACAUCUUUCACCAUGCUUGUAUGCGUUAUACUCUAUGACCGUGUCUUCGUCAAGAUUAUGCAAAGAUUGACUAAGAACCCCCGAGGGAUCACACUUCUUCAAAGAAUGGGCAUAGGAAUCACGAUUCACAUAGUGACUAUGAUAGUUGCAUCUAUGACCGAAAGAUAUAGACUUAAAGUGGCCAAAGAACAUGGACUAGUUGAAAACGGAGGACAAGUUCCUUUGAGCAUACUCAUUUUGGCUCCUCAAUUCAUACUUAUGGGAUUGGGUGAAGCCUUCUUAGAGGUUUCCAAAAUUGAGUUCUUCUAUGACCAAGCACCAGAAAGCAUGAAGAGCCUUGGAACUUCAUAUUCCAUUACUACAGUAGGCCUUGGGAGUUUCAUUAGCACUUUUCUUCUUUCCACAGUUUCACACAUCACUCAGAAACAUGGCCACAAAGGAUGGAUUUUGAACAACCUGAAUGCUUCUCAUUUUGAUUACUACUAUGCAUUUUUCGCAGUUCUAAACUUACUGAAUUUGAUCUUCUUCAUGAUUGUUACAAAGUACUUUGUUUAUAGAGCUGAAAUUUCAGAUUCCAUAGAUGUACUUGCACAAGAACUGAAGGAGAAGACAGCUAAUGCGUCAAACUAAGUGGUUCCAAGUGAUUAGUUGAUUGGACAUUGAUAUAUGGACAUCUUAAUAUUGUAAAUACCUAUUUAAAGACCUACUAUAUUUAUCGCUUUUCACUCUUCUAUUUUUAUCUCUCUCUCUAGGUGUAGAUGAGAUUUGGAGUGUCCACAAAAUAUUUCCCUAGUUGAUUAGAAAUUGGAAAGUGGGAGAGGACAUAGUAACUGCUCUAAGUGUCAGAAUUGAUAUAGAACUUAGGGAUGGUUUGGUUAUGUUCAUUAAGUUGUUUGAGUGUGAUCAUUUUGCAUUACAUUGUUCACAAUUGUAGAGAUGUUACAUUGAAUAUUUGACAGAAAAACAAAAUUGGAGAAAGGAGUAUAGCUAAA